AUGGAGAGCAGAAUCCUGCCUGGAAUCGAUGGUCAACAAAUCAUAGAAGGAUUCAAAAACAUCUGUCAAGAUUUGGGAAGCCUCAACUACAUAACUGACCCACUCGACGUGCUGUUCACUAGAAUUCAUUAUCUCAUAACGAGGGGUGCAACGAAAGGAUACCAUACCCCUACUCCUAUGUAUAGCAGAUACUAUUGGCAUGAUAGAGUACCGAGCAAAUUUAAUUUGGCAAGAACGUUAGCCAGGGAUGUUAAUCAUGAUGUUGAGUUUUGCAAGAUAAUCCUCUCCUCGGAAUGGCGCCGAGUCGCAUGCAAAACGUACAUGGAGUAUAGUUGGUUUUGGGGACGCUAUUAUGAUUACUUCUGCUGUGCUUUUAAUGAGUAUGCUCAUGAAAUAGUUGUGUAG